AUGACUAUUGGUCUUUCUUCCUUCCUUUCCUUCAUUCAUUCUUUCUUUCUUUCUUUCUUUCUUUCUUUCGUUUUUCAUUAUUUCUUUCAUUUUUUUUUCUUUCUUUCUUUUGGUCUUUCGUUUUUCAUUCUUUCUUUUUUCUUUCUUUCUUUCUUUUGUUUUUCUUUCUUUCUUUCAUUCGUUUUUCAUUCUUUCUUUCUGUCUUUCUUUACUUCUUUCUUUCUUUCUUUCUUUUGGUCUUCCGUUUUUUAUUAUUUCUCUUUUCUUUCUGUCUUCCUUCCUUCCUUCCUUCCUUCCUUCCUUUCGUUUUUCAUUCUUUCUUUCUUUUCUGUCUUUCUUUCUUUUGGUCUUUCGUUUUUCAUUAUUUAUCUUUUCUUUCUGUCUUUCUUUCUUUCUUUCUUUUGGUCUUUCGUUUUUCAUUCUUUCUCUUUUCUUUCUGCCUUUCUUUCUUUCUUUCUUUCUUUCUUUCUUUCUUUCUUUCUUUCUUUCUUUCUUUCUUUUUUCUUCUUCCAUUCACCUUUAUUUCCUUCGUUCCUGAUUUUCUCCUUUCUUUCAUUUUUUUCCUUAUUUUUAAUUAUUGUUUGUCUGCCAUUUUUUAAAAAUAUCUUUCUUUCUUUCUUUCUUUCUUUCUUUCUUUCUUUCUUUCUUUCUUUCGUUUUUCAUUCAUUCUUUCUUUCUUUCUUUCUUUCUUCUAAUUAUUGUUCCUUUAUAAUUUUUCAACUUUUUAUCGUUUUUUUUCUUUCCUUCUUCUAUCCUUUUCCCCAAAUACUUUUUCUUUCUUUCUUUCUUUCUUUUUCAUCGACCGAGUCGGCUCAUUUUCCAACCCUUCUUCCUAUCCUUCAACGUCACGGACUUUCAGAAUUUACGUUCGAUUUCUUUCUUUCUUUCUUUCUUUCUUUCUUUCUUUCUUUCUUUCUUUCUUUCUUUCUUUCUUUCUUACUUUUCUUCUUUCUUUCCUUCCAACCAUCAAACUUUCUUACUUUAAUUUCUUUUACUUCUUGCCAAUCGAGAAUAUCCAAAAUAGUCUUUUUUCCUCAACCCUAA